UAGUCUAUCAGUUUCAUUUGAGAUGUUCACAUUGUUGGAUAAGAUGGCAACAUCUCGAUCCUAUUAAUAGGUCUGUUUUUGGAAAUCAGUGAAUUAAAAUUGAUUGAGAAAAAUAAACAGCCUUUCUUGAAUAACAUUUAAAAAAAUAAUAAACUCCAAAUAUAUUGAGAUAAUGUGAAUGGAUCAUUGGUUAUAUUUCGCCGAUAGCUUUGUGAUAUUCAAGGAAAAUAAGCAUAUGUUUCUAAUUGUUCUGCGUUAUUUAUCUUUGAAUGAAUUAUAAAAAAAUAUUGAAUUAAUUGUGAUUAAGUGUUGAAUGCAUUAAAGCGACUGGUAUCUCACUUUAUCGAUUAUUUGUUGUUCGCACUAUAUUGGUAUACAUAACAUCAACCCAUUGAGAACUGAGAUGAAAAUUUUGUGAUGAAAAUAGAUAAAAAAAAAUGCUAAAAGUGCUCCAUGAUUAAGCUCCUGAUGUGAAUACAAGCCACUUUUUGUGUGAUGACAACUAGACAAUACAGCAUGGACAUAGAAUAAGAAAUUUUAAUUAAAAAAAGCUGGGUGUUCAGACUGUGUUUCCAAAUAAACGAAAAUCAUCAAACACUUUCUAUAAAUGACAUGGUUAAUCAACCAAUGAAACACUAUGACAAAUUCCGCCCAUGAUCCCGACUUGGAUCCAUUAAUCAGACCAACAACACGUGCCAAAGGAAUUGCUAUCAAUCGACGUGAACAGCGCAUAAUACAUGCUGAGAAAUGGGGACGCAUCAGGCUCGGCAUCAUUUCAAUAUGUCUGUUUUUCGUCAUUUACGUUUGCUUUGCCAUGGGUACGUGGCCCGAACAACGGCCGCAAAUUGUUGUUAAUAUACCGCCAAAUGACGAAUCGUUGCCUGGACCUAUGGGUUUCCAAGCACAACUAAAUAAUAUAACCACCCUACGACCCACAUAUAAUGAAUCAGUCCCACCGGGAUUCUUGGUAUGGAGUCCCGAGUGCCAAAUGCCAUCGCUGGAACCACUUGCAGCCGAUGUGAUGAAAUUAUUCAAUAAAGAAAAGUAUGAGGAAUGUUCGAAUGUGAAGCCGCUGACUCGAAUCAGCCGGAAACGAACAACGGACACUGCCUAUUUGGUUUUGGACGAAAAACGUCGGGAUUCAUUUUAUUACAAGGGCAACAAAAAUAACAAAUUAGAUUGUUGCUAUCAGGAGAUUAUCCGAUCUGGAACCGACAAAAAAGCUGACGAGAAGUUUAACCUAUCGCGUUGCAUCGACUUCGACAAAACCAUUGAGUUGCCACCAAAGAUUGAAUUUCUUUUGGUUCGAUGUAAAAGUGGUGGGAAGGCUACUUACACAAAUACCCAUGCCAUCGUUCGUGAUCGCCCAGAGAUACGCGAAACACUAGACCAAUACGAAUCAGAAAGCGAAAAGCGACCUCUAAGUGUACUUAUGUUGUCUAUUGACAGUAUUUCGAGACUGAAUUUGAUUCGGGCAAUGCCUAUGACCGCUCAGCACGUUUACGAUACUGGUUGGUUUGAACUUCAAGGAUACAAUAAGAUCGAUGACAACACAUUUCCGAAUUUGAUGGCUAUAUUGGUCGGUUAUAACAGCUCCUUGGCCUACAAUGACUGUCAACCUACUGUACCUGGAAAACUGGAAUCGUGUCCAUUCAUAUGGAAAAAUUUCCGUGACGCUGGCUAUGUUACUGCGUACGGUGAAGACGAGGCCGAUAUAAGUACAUUUAAUUAUCACAAAACUGGAUUCGUAGUCCCUCCAACAGAUUUCUAUCUUCGUCCAUAUAUGCUAGCUGCUGAAAAGAACCUCCACGUGAAACACAAACAUUCUUUAACACUGUGUCUUGGCUACAAACAUUCUGCAGAUCAUGUGUAUGACUAUGCAUUAGAUUUCGCCACAACAUAUAAAGACGACCCUUCAUUCGGUUUAUUCUGGACCAACACUUUCAGCCACAACGACAUCAGUGACCCGUCAUCCAUGGAUGCUAAAGUGAAAUCAUAUUUGGUUGAACUAGAGACAAGAGGAAUACUGAACAACAGCAUGGUCGUCUUCUUUAGCGAUCACGGACUGCGAUUCGGUCCCGUUAGACACUUGGUCACCGGUUGGUUGGAAGAGCGUUUGCCAUUCAUUUUUAUUUGGUUACCCGAAUGGUUUAAAGAGGAUCACCCCGAAAUUGUCCAAGCUCUGAAGAUCAACCGAAAUCGUUUGACCAAUCCGUACGAUUUGCAUAUGACCUUGAAGCACAUACUGGAAUUGUCUGAUCGAACAACGAAAUUACCACCAGCGACGAGCUGUGAAUCGUGCCAAAGUCUAUUCCAAGAAAUGCCAUGGAACCGGUCGUGUAAAAGUUCGGCCAUCACGGAACAUUGGUGCACAUGUUCACCGUACAAAACAAAUGACAAAAAUGAUGAUGUCGUAAAAAGGGGCGUGAAAUUCGUGAUUGAUUUGAUGAACAGUGACCUGAACGAAUAUACGAAUGGAUCGUAUCGGCUGUGUGCUGAAUUGAAAUUGAAAAAAAUAUCUUACGCACGUAAAGCGGAAUACCAGCACGCUCAUAGUCCGUACGAUGUGUACAUGUUCGUUUUUGAAGCAUCGCCCAGUGGCGGAAUAUUCGAAGCGACUGUUAAAUACACAAUCAAGAGUAAGGCAUUCGAACUAACCGGGUCGGUAAGUCGCCUGAAUAUGUACGCUAGUCAAAGUAAUUGCAUCAAAAAGGAUAAUUUGAAAAAAUUUUGUUACUGUCUCAAACCAUCGAAAGGGGGGUGAUUUACAAUUAAAUUCAGUCGAUCUGUUGCCAGUCAUGUAACGCGACUUAGGAAAUGUGACUCUGCCAAAAAUUUCUUUAAACAUAUUUGUAGCGCAAGCGAACGCUUUUUUGAUUUGACAAGACGACCGUUUGGUAAAUAAAUUUCUUUC